AUGGUUGAUGAAACUGUAGCUCUUACCAAUUCUGUUAGAGAAGUUGAUCCUUCCGAACUCAUUUCUGGUGAACUGAGUGUUUUGCUGUUGGAGGACAGCAAUGACGUGAUGCUAAUAGAAGGGACUGUCAAAGAGUUUACCCCGACAUCGAAGAAACGUGGCGAUUUCAAUAAAGACAUGUCUUUGGAAGAUUUGGAAAGUGCAAACACGAAAGCAUGUCUCAAAGAGGUGAAGAUUGAGAAGAUUGGGAAGACGAGAGGAAUUGCUUAG